AAUACAGAAUAAACUUACCGUACAAACAAUUUGAAUUAAAUGCUCCAUAGUUAGAGAGAGAGAGAACAGAGGAGAGCAUCUGAGCAUGGAAAUGAGCUGUUUUUUGGAAGAAGGUUUUGCUUUGUGAUUCCUUCAGAUCUGAACAAUUCUCUCUCUCUAUAUCAUCGCCACCAGAUCUCUCAUUCCUCGCCGGAUUUCCCCCGCCGGCGCGCUCGGUCAAUGUAACUAACAUUAUCUGCACCGACGCCGCCUCAUUCUGGAAUUUCCGCGAGUUUCGGUUUGGUUUGAGCGCGGCGGAUCUGGAAAUCGAAUUUUUCUGUCGGUUCUGAACUCGUGUUGAUUUGUCGGCGGCGGCGGUGGUGGUUGUGUUGCAGAUAGUGAUAAUUAAUAUAAUUUGGAGAUUUUUGGGAGAAUGGAAGGGGAGAAGAAGUCGUCGGCGGUUUCCGAUGUAGGGGCGUGGGCUAUGAAUGUUGUUAGUUCUGUUGGAAUCAUCAUGGCGAAUAAGCAGGUCAUGUCUUCCAGCGGAUACGCUUUUAGCUUUGCCACAACAUUGACUGGUUUCCAUUUCGCUGUUACUGCACUUGUCGGCAUGAUAUCUAAUGCCACGGGGAUGUCCUCUUCAAAGCACGUCCCGCUGUGGGAACUUAUCUGGUUUUCGAUUGUAGCAAAUAUGUCUAUCACUGGGAUGAAUUUUAGUCUCAUGCUAAACUCGGUUGGAUUUUACCAAAUCUCAAAAUUGAGUAUGAUUCCAGUGGUCUGCGUAAUGGAGUGGAUCCUUCACAAUAAGAAGUACUCCAAUGAAGUUAAAAUGUCCGUCAUAGUUGUUGUUAUCGGCGUUGGUGUUUGUACUGUGACUGAUGUCAAAGUUAACGCCAAAGGAUUUCUAUGCGCUUGUGUUGCAGUUUUGUCAACAUCUUUACAGCAAAUUUCGAUCGGCUCGUUGCAGAAGAAAUACUCGAUCGGAUCCUUCGAACUAUUAAGCAAAACAGCUCCUAUCCAGGCCGCGUCUCUCCUCGUGCUCGGUCCCAUAAUCGACUACUACCUUUCCGGAAAAUUAAUUUUGAACUACAAGUUCACCCCUGCAGUCGUACUGUUCAUCCUCUUAUCAUGCACGCUUGCCGUCUUCUGCAACGUGAGCCAAUACCUCUGCAUUGGUCGAUUCUCAGCCGUCUCGUUCCAAGUUCUGGGCCACAUGAAGACCGUGUGCGUCCUGACUCUCGGGUGGGUCCUGUUCGACUCCGAGCUGACAUUCAAGAACAUCUCCGGGAUGGCCGUCGCCAUCGUCGGGAUGGUAAUUUACAGCUGGGCCGUCGAAAUAGAGAAACAACAGCAGGGAGUUAUUCCCAAGUCGAUCCCGAACGCGAAGAACAGCCUUACUGAGGAGGAAUUACGGCUGCUGAAGGAGACUGUCGACGCCUCGUCGGAGGUUAAGGACUCCGACGGAUCGAUGAAGGUAUAGGCACUUCUGAUCUUUCUUAUCUGGGUGAUUAUCAUUGUUGUUUUUUUCUCUAUAGUAUUGUUAUAGUUGGUGUAGUAUAAUGUUAAUGUUAUAAACGUUUUGUGUGUGUGUUUUUUUGGUUUGGUUUGGCUGUGUCCGUUUUUAUUAGAGCUGCGAGUUUGUUGCUGUUGCUAUUCCAGACUCUGAGAAAAAAAUCAAAAAAGCGUAUAGAGAAAAAUAUAUGGAAA